ACCAUAUAAGGAGGGCAUCAGAUAUCUUGAAGUUUAUCUCUCAGACAAAUCUUCAUCUUGUUCUACAAAAAAUAAACUAUUAAAAAAAAUCCAAAAGUUCACUAAUGCAAUUUCAUCGCAAAAAGGAUGGAAUGGCUUAAUAACUAGACAAGCUUCUCAUUGGAUUAUACUAGCACAAUUAGAAUAUGCCAUCAACACUACAGUCUUAUCAGAUAAUGAAAUGGACAUCCUUCAAAGGAAAAUGAACAAACCAAUUAAAGCAAAAUUAGGUGUUGAGCAUACUAUUUUCAAUAAAAUUUUAUAUUUACUAGCAAGUCUCAACAUUGUCAAACUUCAAAACCGUUGUGAUCUCACCAUCAUUAAAAUUUUGACAGUCAAACUCACCAAUCCAAAAAUCUUUCCCGUCACCUCAAGAGAAAUCAUAUCAAUACAAGCCACCCAAGCAAUCUG